CACAUUGGAAAAUCAAUGGGACAUUAAGUAAUAUAUAAAGGGUUAGGGCCAAUCCACUAAUUGCCAAUUGGUUUUGAGUUGGAAGCCCAUAAUAAACCCGAAUCUAACACAUUAGAAAGCAGAAGUUAUUUGAAAUAUUUUCACCGUCGACCAGAUCAAGGAAGCAAAGAUAAUCAGACAUAUACUCUUGUAGUGCUAGAUAUAGCGUAAGUUGAACAAAAUAUCAAAUAAUUUAUAAAAAAUUUAACUCGAGUAUGGCAUAUUUAUUUCACAUGCAUAACAUAAGAAUUACAUUUCGUAACGCGAUCUGCGGAUAAAUUGCACUUCGUGACUACAAAAUCAGAAAGAAUGACACACUUAAAAACAUAUGUAUUCUCUGUUUUAAUUUAAGAGUUAAACUUUUGUAAACAGUCGUUGUAAGUUGUAACACAAGUUUUGCUCAAAAAAAAGUUGUAACACAAGUAAGAGAGAAAUAGAUGUUACUGUAGUAAUAUUUUUGUAAAUAUAAACAUAUUAAGAAGAUAGUGAUUAAAAAAAAGAUAGUGGUCCAAAUCAGUUUAAACUUCGGAACUGGCUAAGAACAUCUUCAACCAUACUGCAUAUUUUAUUUUAAAAUAGAACUAGAUUCUGAUCCACCCUUAAAAAAACGGGUAUAUUAUUUGUUUUACAUUAUUUUAGAAAUUUAAUUUUUAUAUUUUUAUAUUUUAAUCAUAUUUUUUGUACAAUAUUUUUAUAAAUGAUUAAUAAGAAGUUUUAAUAAUUGUAUUAAAUAGUUGGACCACACACAUAUAUCAAUAUGUCAUGUUCUUGUUUUAAUAAAAUAAACUAUAUUUUGACCCUGAAAGUGCGGUUUUUUUUAAUUAUAAACCAAAUUUGAAAUGAAUUAGUAUUUAAGAAUUGUUUUCCACUAUUAUGUUACAAAAUUGUAAUAUAUUAAAAAGUAAAUUUAAAUUAUAUAAUUUAUGAGUUACUUUAUUUUUUUAUUUUUAUGUAUACUCUUAUGUAACUCUUUUCAGGUCUGACAUAUCAUCCAACCCGAAAAAUCAAACCAAAAUCGACAUGAUAAUAUAAGUCUGGUUUGAAUCCAGGUCCACGGCAAAGUACAUAUUAGAUAUUUUUUGGACCUGUGGAUCUCGAUUUAAGUUUUAAUCCUACCCGAGAUCUAAUCUGGUACCUAAAAUAUCUAAAAUGUUUUGUGUAUAUUAGGGUAUUUCAAAUAUGUUUUCGGUAUUACCAAUAUUUUUUUUAAGUUUUGUGUUUGGUUUUCAAUAUAAUUUCAGAUUUUGAGUAAAAAUUUCAAAAUAUAUAUUUUGGAUAUUUGGAUAAAAUUUUGGGUAUUUUUUGGUUCCUCAGUCAGAUUUCAAGUAAAAUUUUGGUGUUUUUUGGUAUUUGAAUAUUUUCGAGUACUUGUUUGGAUUUUCAAAUAUUUUUUUAAUUUUCAUGUACUUUGAAUUUUUUGGAUCUUAAAUACCCGAAAUAAUAUUAAAAUUAUUUAAGAAGGUUAGACCGUUAUAUAAAUUAUUUCUGAUGGUUACAAUGGUUUGGUAUACAAACUUAGAAUGGUAUACUUUGCUGUGAUAGUUUUGUAAUUGGUUACAUUUAAGAUGUGCAUAUUGUGUAUGAGAGAUUUUUAGAUAGAAAAACAUAUAUAUUUCUCAAAAAUAUGUAAUUUGGUUUUGCUGGCUAGCAUCAGGUUAGUUGAAACUUAGAAUAGAGUAUGUGUUCAGUUUGAUAAUUUUGCAAUGUGUGGAUUAAUAGAUGCGUCAAUUGGCACAAGUAAGAUUGUGUGGUAUGAACUAAGGGAAUCUAUAUGUAUGACGGCGAUGGAGCAUAUGAGAUGGAGUGGAAAUUAUAUGUAAAUGAUAUUGCAUACUGGUGAUUAACUAAAUAACAUAGAAAAUUAUAACUAAUCCAACUUAUUACGACAUUAAUUUGUUGGAUACAGAAAUAUUGUAGGAGUAAUAUUAGGAAAGAUCAUAUUUUAAUAAUAUUGAUAUAUUUUGACUGAUUAAGGUAAAUACCAAAUAUUAAGUUUAUAGUAAAUAUGUCCAACAACUUUUCAUAGAUAGAUUUUUUAAAACUUCUUCUCUUUUAAUAAUAUAGAUAGAUAUAGAAAAAAAAAUGCCCCAAACUAUUAUAUUAAUCAUUUCAUUGUAAAAUAAAAAUGAGUUUACUCCAUAAAUGAAAUAGUCUAUUUUUUGUUUGUUCAUUACACUAUUAUGGAGUUGUAAAUAGAAUAAUGUUAUAGCAUUUUUACUUCAUAUUAUUUUUUACUUUAUUUUGGAAAGAAAAAAAAAAGUCUUACAUCGGAGAUUACUCUAACUCUUUAGUUUUGUUGAAAAUAAAACAGUAAUGAAAUAAUCUUCACGUCCUUUGAUCGUGCCGGCAUGAAUGGAAAUACAGUUAGAAGUUAGUAAUCAAAAGUCAACAAAAAGUUAAUUAACAGAUAAUAUGAGAUUGGAAAUGUAAAAAGCAUUCCCUAUCAUAAUUAAUGCUUUCACAUGUUAUCUCACUAACACCGCCCACGGCUAAGAAUUCUAGAAGGUGGGAAUACUAUAGUGAGGUGGAAUCAAGAUAUGUGAAUUGGUAACGUUUGAUAGGAGAAUUCAUCAAGAAAAAUUUAUAUUUCUUAGAGUAAUCGCAUUAACUUUGCAACUUGUAUAACUUAGAAAUUUAAGAUAUAUAUAUAUAUAUAUUAUAUCAAACUAGAAAUCAAAUCUGUGGAUUGUAGUGGUUAGUGAAAAGUGAUCAAUCGAUUUUCUAUAGUUUAUUUGCAUUAUAAUUGACCCACUGCGUAAUUUAUAUGUAUGAUGUGGAGUUUGUGAUUAGUAUUUGUACUUUUGACCUAUAGAUCAAUUGCCCAAAAGUAUUAAUAUUGGUAGCAGGUUUUGAAAGCUUGUCUAUUAUUUCUAACAAACUUUGUUGUAUGACUUUGAUUUGACUUGAGAGUUUCCAAUACAAUUAAAAAAAAAGAAUACUAAAUAUGCGCUUCAAUUUUACUUUUGUCUUAAACAUAUAUAGACCAGAGGCAAAUGUACAUAAAGUUUACACCAUACCCAUGACUUUGGAUCUUUUCUUUUGGACAAAGUGUGAAAUUAUAUUACCAAAAAAGGAACGUUUGUUUACAAGUGUAGGUAGGUUUAGCUAAAGAGUUUGUAGGCUAGGUUUCAACUUAAAAUUACUGGAUGGAAACCACGAAGACUUCAAACAAGAGAUUACAUUGGGGGAAGCAGUUUUAAGAGAUUUUUGGUAACCUCUCCGCUUUCUCCUUGCAGGAUGUGUCAUAUCACAUGACUCAUAUGGUUCAGUCUAUACGAUGCAAGAGAGCUUGAAAUGACGUUGACAUGCUACUGUGAAGUCGGUUCUGUAAAAAGCUUUUCUAUAAGUUGUUGCGCUCUAUCCAAAAGAGAAAAACAUGGGCUUCAACGGUCAUACGUUUGUCAGAGUUUACAUGAACCAUGUUCCAAAUCUGGCCGCUAGUUUCCCAGUGGCAGAGGAAGUGAUCUUAUGCUUUCAGAAGUAAUACAGCAUGCAUUUAGAGGUGUUGAUACCCCGUUUUGAACAUUACGAUUUGAAACUUCUUUUUAAAAAUACAGUAUAGAAAUACUUUAAAAUAUUUAUCAAAUCGAUACCACCAAUCCCCAUAGAAUAAAGGACGAUCGUAUUGGUAUGGGUGAAAAGACAAAGAGAUGACACUGAUGCCGAAAAGUCAUGCUCACGCAUUCAAAUCCGAGUUCAUAGGAUAUUCUCAGUAUUGCGUCGUGCAUGCAUGAACAUUUGAGCAUUAACUUCAUAAGACAUUUCCUUGUAAUAUCUUUAACGUACAUAUAUACAUUACCUAACUGGUGACAUGUUUGACUUUCAUCACAUGCAUCACAAUAAAUAUGAAGUCAUCCGAACGAACCAUUUCAAUAUACUUUAUUACGCUACAUGUUUUCUUCUUAUAAAUAUAAUCGAAUAAUUUUUUGGUUGAAAAAAUUCGGAAUAAUCUAGGUAUAAAAAUGGAUAUUAUGUCAUUUAAGAUGCAUAUAUCUAAUAUAAAGCACAUUCAUAGGAUCAAUGAAGUUCGAUUAGUGACUUCGACCUGCAAUUAUAUAUAUAUAUAUACAUACCCUUUUUUUUUUGACCUGCAAUAUUUUACAUCAUAUCUAGCUGAGUUUAAACGAUUUUACAUUUAAAAAUUCAACGUCUGGAUGAUUUUAGGGACUGCCGUAUAGAAAUUUCAGUGAUGCAUGGUAGUAUGGUACGUAUUAUGGUACACAUUUAUACUAAAAAUUUACAACCAUGGUACAAUUACUUAUCAUAUACUAAUCUAUCCAUUUUGCUUUCACAGAUGUAGUUUUCUUACAUUUGACAUACAUUUAUUUAUUUUUAUAAAGUUCGAGUUCUCAUAUUAUUAUAAUUUUCUAUUGACUACGAAAAUGAACCUCAUAUGUAUAUAUCAAAAUUACAUACCAAUAGAAAACUUCCUAUGCUCUCUUAAUUUGGUUACACGGUAUAGUAAAAUAUCAGUAGAAAACACAGAAACAUGGUCUUGAACAUAACAUUUGGUAUUAACAUUAUAUUAAGUGCCAAAAGAUCCACCUAUUAAACCGCUAGGUAUAGUCGUAUGCAGAAAACCAAAACUAGAACAUGGCACACCACACACUAUUUAAAGCUGAGAUAGUUUUCCGUUCGAUUAGGCCAUAUUCAACUACAACUAGUUCGCCAGGAGAUUGCAAUAAAUGAUUGGUACCUUAAUUUUUAUGCUUGCAAUUGCCUAUCACCUCAUGUGUCCACCCACAAACGUUAUGCUAACAUGCGUGUCCACAUUAGUAUAAAAUAAUUAUAUGAAAUACUAUAAGUUUAUGUAUGCCUUAUUAGGCUACGAACAUAAUUAACAACUAUUUUUUUGAAUUAAGCAUUGUCUUUGUACUGUAACUACUGUUUUAGAUGGCCUAUCAAAAUAACGAGCUUUUAAAGUCACGAGUACGAGUGCCGAACAGAAGACCACUUUAACAUGCAUGAUAAGAUAUCUGAUGUAAAGAAAAAAAAAUUAGCGUUGAGGAGAGACAUCUCUAUUCUCUAACAUCCAUAAAAAGACUUGUCCCGAACCUUUUUAUUUUACCCUGAUCACUUGACUCGAUCAAACUUUGCUGCAUGUGCUGCUGAACAUUUUUCCGGCAUUUAGUUAGGCUUUUCAUUAAGUUCGGCAAGUGAAGUAGCCUAGGUAGCUAGUCUUGUAGCCAUUUUAUUGUGUAUUAAGUUUUUGAUUUUGAUUGGACCGACUUUUAGAUAGACCAAUAUAAAACAUCAGUCUACAUGCCUAGAUCCUCUUGUACAUAUACUAAUACUAUUUCAUACACAAUCCGUUCACAAGUGGGCAUCAACUUUGCAUGACUUGUUGUGUGGAUAAGUUUUCGUUUUUUAACUACUUCAUCAAUCAUCUAUUUCAAGCUGUGACUAAGAUAGUAGAAAGUUUGCAAUUUUCAAUUUUUUUAAAAAUCGCUUUAUUUACCUAAUGCGAUUUUCUUGUCACCUACCUAAAACGCAAUUAAUAAAACGGCAUCCUUAAGAUUCUUCUAAUUAAUUAGGUAUGGACCAUAUAUAUGGUCUUUUUUUUUGAACAUUGCAUAUAUAUACAUAUGGUCUUUAUAACUUUACAUCAACGAUGUACUCCUUUUGCAAGGCCCUUUAUAAGUUGCUUCCAAUUUUUUAUGGAAAACGGUUAAUCCAGUCUUCCAAUUUAUUUUUAUCAGAGUAGUAACUUGUACAGUAUAUACAGAAAUUGAACAUUGACCCAAAAUAUGAAAAAUAAGUAGAAUAAUAAGAGCAUUAACUGAGCUAAGUAUGGGAAACACACACACGAAAGUCCUUGUCCCAUGCCUAUGUUAGAUCAACAAACACCCUUUACCUAAACGGCUAUAGUUCCCAAAGUCAAUAAAAUCGAUUUUGUCACGUGGCAUGUGCCCACCGUUCCAUCUUUGUAUUUGGUAUUACCACUUUUGGGAACUUUAGAUUUCAUAGGUCGGCUCUUCACCUUCUUAUAAUUAAAAAACAAUAAAUCGAAAACGCAUUUACGUCCGAACAGUCAAAAUAUAAACCUAACACACUUUUCCCAUGCAAACUCACAGAGACUUCUUUAAAAUUUUUCACACAUGCCUUGGUGUCUUCACACAUAUAUACACGUCUCUUCAUGCAUCUCUCGCUUCUAUAUAAGAUACACAGAUUGAGACAUAUACUACAGAACACCCAGUUUAACUAAAGAACAAACACUUGCGUACCACUUCUCUUCCUUUUUAUACAAUCCAAAGUUCUUCAAGCAUUUCUUGCAGCUCAAGUAAAGAUUCAAUGGGUCUGUUUUAAAGUCGUUUAAUCUGAAUUAAGUUUUAAUCAUUUUAGCAAGUAUGGCUCGUAUCGUAGCAGCUGAUGAUGAUGAUGGUACGCCGCAGUUUUACUCCAUGGAGCUCAACUCAAUCUCCUCUGUUUCCGACUCCACAUUAGGACAACUUCUGAAGAACGUCAGUGAUGUCCGUAAACUAGCCAUUGGAGACGAGACUCCAGUUCACGAAUCUUUCAACCAAGACAACGACGAUGAUAAUCUCAUGCAAACUGUCCCCUUCGUACUCUCUUUCGACAACCUCACUUACAACGUCUCUAUCCGUCAGAAACUCACCUUCCGCGACCUCAUCCCGCGGCGUAAAACAGAGGACCCCGAGUUAGCUCAAACCGUAACUCCUCCCAACACCAAAACCCUCCUCAACAACAUCUCCGGCGAGACACGAGACGGAGAGAUCAUGGCCGUGCUCGGAGCUAGCGGCUCGGGAAAAUCAACGCUAAUCGACGCUUUAGCGAACCGUAUAGCUAAAGGAAGCUUAAAAGGAACGGUGAAGCUAAACGGAGAGACUCUCCAGUCACGCACCCUCAAAGUGAUCUCAGCGUACGUGAUGCAAGACGACCUCCUCUUCCCUAUGCUCACCGUUGAAGAAACACUAAUGUUCGCUGCUGAGUUUCGUCUCCCUAGAAGCUUACCUAAGUCUAAGAAAAAGCUACGUGUUCAAGCUUUGAUCGAACAGUUAGGAAUCAAGAACGCUGCUAAGACUAUCAUCGGAGACGAAGGCCACCGUGGAAUCUCCGGUGGAGAAAGACGACGUGUCUCGAUCGGGAUCGAUAUAAUCCACGACCCGAUUCUUCUCUUCCUCGAUGAGCCUACGUCAGGUUUGGACUCUACUAGUGCCUACAUGGUGGUGAAAGUGUUGAAGAGGAUUGCUCAGAGUGGCAGUAUCGUAAUUAUGUCGAUUCAUCAACCGAGUCAUCGAGUUCUCGGUUUGCUUAACCGGUUAAUUUUUUUGUCACGUGGCAACACCGUGUUCAGCGGUUCUCCGGGGAGUCUCCCGCGCUUCUUCGCGGAGUUCGGGAGUCCGAUACCUGAGAACGAGAAUCGAACCGAGUUCGCGUUGGAUCUCAUCCGCGAGCUUGAAGGAUCCGCCGGAGGAACGAGAGGAUUAAUCGAGUUUAAUAAAAAAUGGCAAGAGAUGAAGAAAGAGAAUAACCGUCAGCCGCCGCUGACUCCUCCGGCGUCGCCGUACCCGAAUCUAACCUUAAAAGAAGCGAUCGCCGCGAGUAUCAGCAGAGGGAAGCUAGUCUCCGGCGGAGAAUCCGCAACCGCCACCGCCGCAACUACCUUAACCGUACCUGCGUUCGCGAACUCGAUCUGGAUCGAGAUCGUAACUCUAUCGAAACGAUCGAUGCUAAACUCGCGCAGACAACCGGAGCUCUUCGGGAUCAGACUCGCCUCCGUCGUUAUCACCGGAUUCAUCCUCGCCACCGUGUUUUGGAGAAUCGAUAACUCUCCGAAAGGCGUUCAAGAGCGGCUUGGUUUCUUCGCAUUCGCGAUGUCGACGAUGUUCUACACAUGCGCCGAAGCUCUCCCCGUGUUCCUCCAGGAGCGUUACAUCUUCAUGAGAGAAACGGCUUACAACGCUUACCGGAGAUCCUCCUACGUUCUCUCUCACGCCAUCGUCGCAUUCCCGUCGCUCAUCUUCCUCUCAGUAGCUUUCGCCGCGACGACGUUUUGGGCCGUGGGGUUAGACGGAGGCCCAAUGGGCUUUCUGUUUUAUUGUUUGAUCAUUUUAGCUUCCUUUUGGUCAGGUAGCUCCUUCGUCACGUUUCUAUCAGGGAUCGUUCCGCAUGUGAUGUUAGGUUACACAAUCGUCGUGGCUAUUUUAGCUUACUUCUUGCUCUUCAGUGGGUUCUUCAUCAACAGAAACCGUAUACCAGAUUACUGGAUUUGGUUUCAUUACAUGUCUCUUGUGAAGUACCCGUACGAGGCGGUUUUGCAGAACGAGUUCUCUGAUGCGACCAAGUGUUUUGUAAGAGGAGUUCAGAUUUUCGACAACACUCCUUUAGGGGUGUUGCCGGAGGGGAUGAAGCUGAGGCUGCUUGAUUCGGUGAGCCGGUCGCUCGGGACGACGAUAUCUAGCUCGACGUGUUUGACUACCGGUGCGGAUAUUCUUACGCAGCAAGGUGUGACUCAGUUGAGUAAAUGGAAUUGCUUGCUUAUCACGGUAGGGUUUGGGUUCUUCUUUAGGGCUUUGUUUUACUUCUGUUUGUUGCUUGGAAGCAAGAACAAGAGGAGGUGAUGAAGAGUAAAGAAGAACGCUAAGAGACACGAAUCAAAACAUACUUGUAUUUUCUAUUUGUAAUUCCUUGAAUCGUUUAAAUAUAUAUAAAAGAUUAUGUUUCAUUUA